AUGGCCAAGUAUCUCAGUGAUUUUCAGUUCGGGGUCGGGGUGUCGGGUGGCGCUGAAGCCGUAUUACAUAGCGCCAACAAGGUGUUGAGUGAACGCCACAAUGACGGGUCUCUUUCCAUGCUUAGUGUGGACUUCUCUAAUGCCUUUAACCUUGUUGACAGAUCCGCAUUACUUCAUGAGGUUAGAUUGAGGUGCCCUUUUAUAUCCUUGUGGGUAGAAUUCCUAUAUGGUCAAGCAACAAGGUUAUAUAUAGGGAACGCACAUAUUUGGUCUUCUACUGGAGUUCAACAAGGAGACCCCUUGGGACCACUUCUCUUUGCCCUUGUGUUGCACCCGCUCUUGCAUAAUAUUAGAGACAAUUGCAAGCUUCUUCUCCAUGCAUGGUACCUGGAUGAUGGCACUCUUAUUGGAGAUUCUGAGGAGGUGGCCAAAGCCUUAGACAUCAUUAAGGCUAUUGGCCCACAAUUGGGCCUUCAGUUGAAUAUCAAGAAAACCGAGCUCUUUUGGCCCUCGUGUGAUGGAAGGAAGCUGCGUGAGGGGUUAUUCCUGUUUGGCAUCGGGAGGCCGCCAUUGGGGGUGAAACUUCUUGGGGGAGUUGUUAGCAGAGAUGCUAGUUUCAUUAGCAACUUAGCCAUAAAGAGAGCUGAAGACGCUGUGAAUUUGAUGCGCCUUCUUCCACAAUUGUCUGACCCGCAGAGUGAGCUCCUUCUACUUUCGUCUUGUAUGGGUAUUGCUAAACUUUUCUUUGGGCUGAGGACGUGCCAACCCGUUCACAUGGAGGAGGCGGCGUUGUUCUUCAAUAAUGGAUUACGCAGGGCAUUUGAGGACAUUAUGGUUUGUGGUGGCCCCUUCUUUGGCGACUUACAGUGGCGACUUGGUUCCCCACCCAUUCGGUUUGGUGGUUUGGGUUUAUACUCGGCAGUAAAGGCUACCUCAUAUGCUUUUGUUGCCUCAAGGGCCCAAUCUUGGAUAUUGCAAGACCACAUCUUACGGGAUAUCGACAUUUAUAGUAUGGAUUCUGAUUAUGCUUGUGCCUUAGAUUCUCUUCGUAACAAGCUUCCGGACAUUGACCUUAGCAGUUUUACUACUAAGGACACCCCCUAA